AUGGCCCGAAAGCGUAAAGUAUUCAGCCAGGCAGACGAACAAUCAUGGCGUCCGGAGGAUCUUGCAUAUGUGGCGUGGAUGAACGCCGAACUCGCGAAUGGUAGACCCACUGCAAAGCCGUUGCGCAAUGUGGGCCAGCCCCCCGCAAAGUCACCCGUCGCACCUCGCGCCACGCCCGUGACCAGUAAUGUCGGUCUGCAAGUCGAAUAUGACACUGACGAGGACGACACGGACAAGGACACUGCGGAUGGCGACGACGACGAGGAUUUCGAGUUCGAAGAACCGGACGAGGCGUGGUGCGGCGACGCGGAAUAUAGUGGCCAGCGUGAUGAUCGCCCCGUGGCGCCGGCCGCGGCAGCAGAGAAACGAGGCUCCAGCAGCCGCGUCGAGGCUCGCGGGAAGGGAAAGGGCAGUCACCCUGCUGGCGCGAAGAAUGCCGACUGUUUGGGCACAGGCCCGAAAUCGGAAUGGACGGCCAAGGAGUCCACCAUAUUGUGCGCCGCGCGAUGGUUCACCAAGGAGGAGUUGAACCAAAUGACGGGAAAACAGGGGUCGCAGUAUUGGUUGCGCCUCAUCGAACACAUUAAGAAGCAGCAUCCCGAUUGGUGCAGGAAUGCCACCGCCUGCGGCAAUCAGUGGAAGCGACUUAAAGCGCUGUGGAAGCAGAUCGAGAUUGGGGAUUCGGCAUCUGGAGGCGGAAUGGUGAUAAAGCCUCCGUGGUGGCAGUGGAUGGUGCUGUUCUACGAAGACACUGCUGCAGCCGAGCCUCACGCUCUGGAUGGUGGCGGUGCAGUUAACGUGACAGUGGACCCUGGCGUCAAGGUUCCAAAGCCGCCGACUACUGCUGCCACAACAACGCCUGGUAUGUGUGCUGAAUGCUAG